CGUCAUCAGGCGGCGCCGCUUCAGCGCUGUGAUUCAACUGGAGAAAGGAUAAAGUGUCCAAACACAGAAAAACUCCUGCUGAAGCGACUGAUCUCCACACUGUUAUAAAGAUGGCGUUUAUUAAAGAGGAGAGUGAAGAUGUGAAGAUUGAAGAAACAUUCACAGUCAAACAGGAAGAUCUGCAGGAACAAACAGACCUGAUGGUGCUGAAAGAAGAGACUCACCAACGGAAUGAAAUGGAAGAGAAACACCAAGACAUAACGACUGAUGAAAAACCCACACUGACUGAAAAGACGUCAUCACGAGGAAGACCUCGGAAAUCCAAAUCUGGGUGUAAUUUCACUUGUCAUCAAUGUGGAAACCAUUUCAGCCGAAAACACAGCCUUCAAGUCCACAUGAUAACUCACACUGGAGAGAAGCCUUUCAGCUGUAAACAGUGUGGGAAGAGUUUCAGUCAAAAGCCAAACCUUUAUGUUCACAUGAGAGUUCACACUGGGGAGAAACCUUACAACUGUGAACAGUGUGGAAAGAGUUUUGCUAAAAGCAAUGACUUUAAAGCCCACAUGAGAAUUCACACUGGAGAGAAGCCGUACACAUGCCAACAGUGUGGGAAAAGCUUCCGUAAUACAGGAAACCUCACAUUCCACAUGAGAAUUCACACUGGAGAGAGGCCUUUCUCUUGCUCUCAGUGUGGAAAGUGUUUUAAGCAAAAUGGCACCCUUGAAGUCCACAUGAGAACUCACACUGGAGAGAGAAUAUUCACUUGCACACAGUGUGGGAAAAGUUUUGCUCAAAAACAAAGCCUUAUCAUCCACAUUAGGAUUCACACUGGAGAGAAACCUUACACAUGUACUGAGUGUGGUAAAAGUUUCACAUGUAAUAGCGCACUCAAUAACCACAAGAAAACUCACACCGGAGAGAAGCGGUUUGCAUGUUCUCAGUGUGGAAAGAGCUUCACAACCAAAGCUAGCAUUAAGAACCACAUGAAUGAUCACACUGGAACCAUAGUGUUCACAUGUGAUCAGUGUGGAAAGAGUCUCACAUGCAAAGACUCCAUUAAGCAACACAUGAAGACUCACUCAGGAGAGGAUCGUUUUAGAUGCAGUGAGUGUGGAAAGGACUUUAAACAUAAAAGAAGCCUCAGCACUCACAUGAAGCUUCACAAUGGAAAGCAGAGUCCUCAACACUGAGACCUUGUCCACAC